AUGAAAGAAUGUUUAAUUCAGCUACCAACGCUGACUGCGCCAAAAGAAAAAGAGCCACUAAUCUUAUACCUAUCAGCCGCGGAAGUAGCGGUAGGAGUAGUAUUAAUGGUGGAACGGGAAAACGUUCAGACUCCAAUUUACUAUAUCAGCAAAAUGCUCACCGGCCCAGAAACUCGUUAUUCAAUGAUAGAAAAAUUGGUUCUAGCACUGGUACACGCAUCCCGACGCUUGCGCAGGUAUUUCUCGGGCCACGUCAUCACGGUUCUCACAAAUUAUCAUGUAGGCCAAAUCUUGUCAAAACCCGAUGUGGCGGGAAGAUUGGCUAAAUGGGCCAUAGAGCUGGGAGGAUACAAUAUCUUUUACAAGCCAAGACCAGCAAUCAAAGGGCAAGUUCUAGCAGACUUCGUUACUGAAGUGCCCAUCGAUAAAGUACAAGAAUGCGAGGCAAUCCAGAACCCUACACCUGUUUUUGAUGACCGAGUCUGGACCUUGCACACAGAUGGUGCUUCCAAUGAUGACGGAGCAGGAGCAGGCCUCCGAUUAGUCAGUCCGGACAAUCACGAGCUCACAUAUGCCAUACGCUUAGACUUCCAAAGUACCAACAAUGAGGCAGAAUACGAAGCAUUUUUAGCAGGACUUCGUUUAGCGCUCAAAAUGGGGGCAAAAAACCUUGAGGCCAACGUUGAUUCAAAACUUGUAGCUGAGCAAGUUAACGAUCACUACGAUGCAAAAGGAGAAGCUAUGGCAUUAUACCUUGAACAAGCACGGAUGUUAAUCAACCAAUUCCAUACAUUCAGGGUUAACCAUAUCAACAGGAGCGAAAAUAAGCACGCAGACGCGCUUAGCAAAUUAGCCGCUACCAGAUUCAAGCACCUAACAAAAGAAGUGCGCAUAGAGGUACUGUCUAACCCAUCAAUCCAUCUCAAGCAAGUAAACGUUAUAGAGGUCGGUAAUCCAUCCUGGAUGUCUCCGAUCAUCUUAUACCUACAACACGGGAAACUCCCGGAAGGAAAAGCAGAAGCACGAAAACUCCAACACAAAGCAAUAAAUUAUGAAAUGGCGGAUGGCGUCCUUUACCGAAAGUCAUUCAUGGGACCAUUACUGCGCUGUGUCGACAAAACAGAUGCUCAAUACCUGGUCAGAGAAAUCCAUGAAGGUUUAUGUGGAAUACACGCGGGACUGUGCAUGGUUGUAGCAAAAAUAAUGAACGCCGGAUAG